AUGUUACCUGCAAUCAAGGCGAACCCACGAUAUCUUGAGGAAGACUCCGAGGUAGAGUGGGAGAAUGAGAGUGACGAGGACGAGUGGGAUUCUGAAGAAGAGGAAUAUUAUGAGAAAUUUAAGAAGGCUGAGAAAAAGGCGUUAAAGGCAUUGGCUCAGAUGAAGGACUCGGAUGCUACUAAGGGGGAGGAGUGGGCGUUCAAGAGGUGGGAUAAGAAGAAGUGGAAGGAACGGAUGCUCGCGAAGGACGGGAGCCAUAUCCAAAUUCAGGAUGCAUAUCCAGAAAGGCCGGCAUUGGAACAUGUGUGGCUUGCUACAGCCUGGACAACUCCUUGGACACACACGCCAGGGGAGGCUAAAGUGCACCUUGAUCUUGCCGACGCGUCGUUGGCAUCGGUCACUGCCCCUACAGCCAAGUCGAUAGGCUUGCCGGAGCUGGAAUCACUUCCAACCGAGAUUCUCCAGUCAAUCAGAUCCUACUCGUCUGAUCAUCUAUUCUGGCGCUAUUCAUAUAUCAGAGCUAAAGCAGAGGAGAUGUCGAGGGUUGACAAAAGCACUUCCAAUUAUGACAACACGUCCUGCAAACUCGACACCAUCAACAGUUGGCAUCGAGGGGAGAAGAUAGAGACCAACGAAAAUGGAAUCGAGUCUGGAAUUGCGAGUGUCUUCGAGGAUGCAUCAACAGGGUACUUCAGAGGGAUUCUUCUCGAGUACGAGGAUGGGACUCAGAGGGCUUGCAGGCAAUGCAAGAUAGGUAUUGACCCUAUUAAGGAGUACUUCAGGCCGGCAUUCGUCUGCAAGCACGAAAUUCCAAAGGGCAAAAACCCUUUUGAUGUCACGAAUUACGAACUCAAAUUCAAUAUGGGAGAACAUAAGCACGGCCAUGGUCGUGCUUCUAAGCGCUGGCAAUGUUCGGAUGCUCGGACAAUGUCUAUCACAGUUAGAUUUGAUGACAGGGUGUCUAUACCCUGGAUUGACUUCUCCGAGCCUGGAGAGGAGGCAAGCGAGGAAUAUGACUCCGAUGAGGACGAGUUCGAUUUUCGACCACUAUGA